CCUAUGCCCACGGUAAAGAUCGAUAACAUCCGGGAUCCUUUUGCAACCGUUUUGACGGUGGAGUACGGGGAGAAGACUGGAGAGCUGCUUGAUGCGAUUACUGCGCUAAAGAAUUUGGGGUUGAAUAUUCGGCGAGCGAAGGUCAACACUGGCGGAACCACUUUCUAUAUUACUGAUGCGGAUACGAGCGAGAAGAUUGUGAAGUCAGCACGCCUGGAGGAUAUUCGCAUGACUGUGCUGAACAGCCUUGUGGCGAAGUUCCCGGAGGUGGGCGAGGCGCUAUCUGUAGGCGCCAAGUCGAAUGAUUUGGACGGCAACAAAGUCCUUGGCACGCGCCGCAAGGUAGUGCAGACCACGAUCGACAUCGUGGAGGCGUCCAACGGAUCGUGCUCUGUGCUCAAGAUCGUUACCAGUGAUCGGCCUGGCCUGCUGGUGGACAUUGUCCGUGUUCUGAAGGACAUCAACCUCAACGUGGUGUCGGCUGAGAUUGACACUGAGGGGACUCUGGCCAAGGACGAGUUCUUCAUUACGUACCAUGGUGAGCCGCUGACGACGCCUAUGGUGACUUUGGUGACCAACGCGCUGCAGUACUAUCUC